UUCCUAAGGAAAUCAAGGAGUGGCUUUCCAAAAACCAAAAAAUGAGAAAGCAGCCCCAACAGCAGCCGCCGGGGGAUGGCCUAUGAUUGGCUAUCUCCCCGUCCUUGCCAAGCAACAUGGCCGACAAUAUUUGCCAAUCCUCCAAAACUCGUAGCUUUCGAGAUUUUGGGCUACAACAGAGCGACGAUCCCUUUUGCCCCUUACAGAGCACACUGGCGUUCUGUACGCAAGAUUGCCACUUCUGAGCUCCUCUCCAACACCCCUCUUGAGAUGUUCAGACAUCUACGAGAAUUCGAAAUAAAGGAAUCCAUACAUGAGUUAUAUCAGUUAUGGAGCAAGAAGAAAGAUGGCUCUGGUAAGGCAAUGGUGGAGAUGAAGGGAUGGCUUGGAGAUGUCACCCUCAACAUGAUACUGAUGGUGAUUGCGGGGAAGACACUUUCGAGUUUUGAUAAUGAUCCCCGAGAGAGGAGAGGAAAGGAUGAUGAAGAAGAACGCCAGAGAACUAGACAGAGUUAUGGAGAAAUGGCUACAAGAGCAGAAGCAGGGGAGAGCAUCCGGUCAAGCAAAAUAUUGUGAUGUGAUCCUUUCUAUUGUGAAGGAUGAGGAGGACCACGAUGCUGACACCAUUAACAAAGUCACAUCCGUGGUGAUUUUUUUUUUUUUCUUUUUGGCCCUGGUUUGUGUUCCUUAAUCUAAUAAUUAAUUAGUUUCUAA